AUGGCGUUGCAAGGGCAGCCAAAUCCUACUCUGGCGCAACAGGCUCAGAUACAGAAUGCAGCGCAAGCGACCCGAGCUGCCGCGCAACCCCAACAACCGACACGGCAAGCAGGAGCCAACGGCGCAGCCUCACCGUUAUCGGCCGCGAGAGAGAGAGCGCGGGUGACUGUGUUGCUUGAGAUCAAUACACAUCUGCUACAGGAGGUGGUCUCGUUACAAGCGCAGGGGAAGGCAGGCAUUACACCCAACCAAGGACAACAGUCGCCGACGUCACCUACAUCAGCAACGGAUCCGGCGAACGCGGUCACCAAUAGCCCAGGAGACCCGCCAAAAUCCGCGGGCGGGACACCUCAGACUGCGAAGCCACCGUCACAGGAGUAUGCGGAAUGUAUGCGGCGGCUUCAAGCCAAUUUGUCGUACUUGGCUGCAAUCGCUGAUGCGAAGAAGAAGGUCAAUGGUGCUUUACCUGCGGGACCGGCGAUAAUGAUACCACCGCCCCAUCUGCCACAGGUGGCCGAGCUGUAUAAGAAGUUGAAUGCUUUAUUCCCUGAUGCGGCCCAGUCGAGCAUAAACAAAGCUAUGGCUCAAGCGCAAAGCCAAAAUGCGACUUCGAAAGCACAUCACGCGCUUUCGACUCAAGCUCCGACGCAGGGCUGA